AUGUCGCGCCACUACACGUCACCUCCUCGUAAAACUUCUGACGAGGCUGCACAGAACCGAUGGUGCGAGGUGCUGAGAACCCGAAUUGAUAGCCAAGACAUCGAAAUGAAAUCUCUGAGGGAGGAGAUGGGUGCUCUGAUGAAACGAGUACAGUUCCUUGAAGAAGUUAAUGAUGCCAAGGAUGGAGAACUCAGAGACCAGAUUCGCCAACUCUUGGCCAUGAUGGAACCCCAAGUGGCAGGUCAUGACGGGACAGACGGCACCAGUGAACAGGGAAUCGACGUGCAAGAUUGGAAUUUGAUGGACAUCCCUGAUCACAAUCUACUGCCAACGGUUUUGACUGGACUCAAGGAAACCCUUAGAAGCCAGCCUCCACAGACGUACGGGCAGGCUCUGUGGCAGGGGUUUGAAACGCCAUGA